GCUGGUGUUUUGUGUGUGUUCAAUGCAAUUUAAAUUGUAUUGUUUUACAACUAAAAAUAAAUAAUACAUGGAAAGCUAGUCAAUCGCAUAGGCGUUGACAUUCAAUUUCUUUCUUUGGCAUUUAUUUAUUAAGGAGUUACAGGCUGACAACUAUUAAAUAUACAACCAGUGAACAAAAUUGAUAAGCUUAUCUUUACGGAAGCGCAGCAACAAUAAGCAUAUCAUAUUCUACCAAAAUCAAUCGCUGUUCUGGCAAUUGAAAUAGAAACUUUUUUGUCUGCGUGGCUUCAAGUUGUGGGCGUGUUUCAACUUUUCGGCCUAGUCAUGAACAAGUACUUAUCUGUUCUACUGCUAUCCGUGGCAAUUGUCGGAGCUGCUAAACCCGCAGAAGAUAAUGAAUCGUGCUACUCCUUUGCCGGCGGCUCUGUUUAUCCCGACCAGCCCAAGGGCGACCAUCAGCUGCAAUACACCAAGGCAGUCAUUUCCAAGCCAGCUCCACAGUUCGAGGGAACAGCAGUGGUUAAUAAGGAGAUUGUGAAGCUAUCGCUAUCCCAAUACCUGGGAAAGUAUGUGGUGCUACUCUUCUACCCACUUGACUUCACCUUUGUCUGCCCUACGGAAAUCAUAGCCUUCUCCGAUCGCAUCGCCGAAUUCAAGAAAAUCAAGACUGAAGUGAUCGGCGUCAGCGUGGACUCACAUUUCACCCACUUGGCCUGGAUCAACACGCCACGCAAGGAGGGCGGCCUGGGCGACGUCAAGAUCCCGCUGCUGUCUGAUCUCACUCACAAAAUCAGCAAGGAUUACGGAGUCUAUCUGGAGUCUAGCGGUCAUGCCCUGCGUGGUCUCUUCAUAAUCGAUCAAACCGGAGUGCUGCGACAGAUCACCAUGAACGAUCUGCCGGUAGGAAGAUCUGUGGAUGAGACUAUUCGCCUGGUGCAGGCAUUCCAGUACACGGAUACCCAUGGAGAGGUUUGCCCAGCAGGCUGGAGGCCAGGUGCAGAUACGAUUGUUCCUAACCCUGAGGAGAAAACCAAGUACUUUGCCAAGAAUAACUAAGGAUGCACAUCACAUUAUCAGCCUAACCCAGUUACAUUCCAAAUGUUCACGACUGAAUCACGACUAAAUCGAACAAUAGGCCCCGUCGCUUGAGUCCUCUGUACAAAAGUCUACAAUGCCACCGAUUGCAAAUGGUUCGCAUUUGUUUUGUAUAAAAUAUAGUUUCUUUAUUUUACAGCAUAACUGAAAGAUAAAUAAAUUGAUGAAGUACA